GACGGCCAUCGCCACAGUGAACCGCACUAACAAAAGUGAGAACAUGGUGCGAGUUCUGCGCAACCUGAACAUCUCCAUGCAGGUGGGGGCUAUUCUCGGUUCGCUCAUCGCUGUGGAGACGAAGAAUGUGUCCUUCUCCAAUCAGUUCUACAUACAAGGCCUGAGUGUGGUUGCUAAUGCCGUGCUCGUCUACUUCGCUCUGCUCGGACAUGUCGACGCUAAAGAGGAGAUUCGCGAACCAAAGAGCGGUGACAAAAAAGAGGCCACUGGGCUAUUCGAAGGACUGCGACUGAUCGCAACGGACAGAUACGUCAUGGCGAUUACGGUGGUCUCUACCUUCACCGAGGUGAUCUUCACCAUCAUGGAUUUCCAGAUGAAAGUCCUGGCCAAUGAGCAAUUCGAGACCAAAGAGGAGUUCAAGGCGUUCAUGGGUACAUUCGGCAUAGCGUCCAACACCGUGUCACUGAUCUUUGCCAUCCUGGGUACCAAGUUCUUACUAGAGCGACUGGGCCUUCUAACAUGCCUGGUGAGCAUACCGUCGUUGAUUCUUGGUCUUAUCUCCGCUGUUUAUGUCUACCCUUCAGUGUGGAUGGCGUUCUCUGGGAUCGUUGCUGUGAAGGCUCUUGGCUACUCCUUGAACAAGCCGUGUAUAGAGGUCACCUAUACACACACCUCAACGGACACCCGAUUUAAAGCAAAGAGCUGGAUCGAAAUGUUCGGUACUAGAGGGGCCAAGGCUGGCGGAUCGAUGGUUAACAAUGCCUUCCGUCAUAAUAUCGAUGCGCUGAUGACUCAGGGCUCGAUGGUGUCGUUCGGGUUCACGGUGGUGUGGCUCUACUGUGCACAAAGGUUGGGAGCGAUGUAUGAGAAAACCAUCCCCACAACACCGACCGUGGUAAAGCAUGAGUAGUCGCAUCCAAUAGGGGCUAAGAAUGAGCGAACGGGCGAUACGGCAACGGACAGGAUUGAACAAACUUAGACGAGACGACCCAUUUAACCUAAAGAUGGAAUUAAAUAACCCCGCACACUGUGGAUGUACUUGAGAAUUGUACCGUCUGAACUGUGCUAGCACACCAAGUGAGACUCUACUUGCGUAGACCACAGAAUAGGGACUCGUGUUUGGGUUGCGUACCAGGGACCUGUUCACAAUCGGUGGUAUUACAUGGAGGCCGCCUGCUUCACUAAGCUUGACUUCAGAAUUGAUCCAAACCCACUGCUUGCCCCAUUCGCACGCAUGUCACUGUAACACUGAGUUUCCAACGUCCUGUGGGGACAUUCCUAUGUAGCUGCCAGGCUGCGGUUCGCCUGUACUCGCACACCUAGACCACCGGCACGGCAUCCGCCCAAUUGCUACUUCCUGUGCGGGCGGAAACACUGGUUGCAACUGUAUCUGUCCUGAGCUAUAGCUAUAUCUGUAUAUCUGUAGGGACCGAGCUCUCCCUCUCAAGUCCCCCUGUAGGCUGAGAACCACCGUAGUGUUGCUGUACCCAGUGAAGUGUAUUGUUUCCAUUUCUGUGUCUGUGGGCGAGUCGAUGCUGAGACCUCGUAUGGCAGUUGCGAUAUAAAACUAUCUCACCACAGCCGUAUUGGUUGACAAUAGAUGAUCUUCUUCUCAACGCAAGCGGGUUGUCCAUUAGAUCAUAGUUAAAAUAAACAUACAUGUUGGGUGUGACGUGUGCGAGUGCCGUUGGCGCCCCCUCACAUGUUUGGUAGCCGUAGCAUGCAGCUGCACCUAGAAUUCAAAUCGUGACCUUCUCAGCUGUGCGGAAAUAUCUGAAACCCAAAUGGUUAGCUAUCAGGACAAAGGGUACCAAAACCAUACGCGACUGUCCACAAG